UCGCAGGCAGCCUGCGGUAACCGCCUGCUCCCACCCACGGGGCGGAGCCGCAGCCGGGACGGGACUGGGCCCGGGCGGAGCCCUGCGUGGGGCGGCUCCUGCGUUCCCAGCCGCUGCCGGGCCGCGCAGCGCCGCUCCGACCGGUGCAGCCCCUCCACGAUGUCGCGGCCGCUGUCGGACCAGGAGCGGCGGAAGCAGAUCAGCAUCCGUGGGAUCGUCGGGGCCGAGAGCGUGGCCGAGCUGAAGCGAGGCUUCAACCGGCACCUCCACUUCACCCUGGUCAAAGACCGCAACGUGGCCACCCCCCGGGACUACUACUUCGCUUUGGCCCACACCGUCAGGGACCACUUGGUGGGACGUUGGAUCCGUACCCAGCAGUACUACUAUGAGAAGGACCCCAAGAGGAUUUACUACCUCUCUCUGGAGUUUUACAUGGGGCGGACACUUCAGAACACCAUGAUCAACCUGGGGCUGCAGAAUGCCUGUGAUGAAGCCAUCUACCAGCUUGGGCUGGACAUGGAGGAGCUGGAGGAGAUUGAGGAAGAUGCAGGUCUCGGCAAUGGUGGUCUUGGAAGGCUGGCUGCCUGCUUCCUUGACUCGAUGGCCACUCUGGGGCUGGCAGCCUAUGGCUACGGAAUCCGCUAUGAGUACGGCAUCUUCAACCAGAAGAUCCGGGACGGAUGGCAGGUAGAAGAAGCUGAUGACUGGCUCCGACAUGGCAACCCCUGGGAGAAAGCCCGCCCUGAGUACAUGCUGCCUGUGCACUUCUAUGGCCGGGUAGAGCACACUGCCACUGGUGCCAAGUGGGUUGACACCCAGGUGGUGCUGGCACUGCCCUAUGAUACCCCUGUGCCAGGGUACAUGAACAACACCGUCAACACCAUGCGCCUGUGGUCAGCUCGGGCACCCAACGACUUCAACCUGCGGGACUUCAACGUCGGAGACUACAUCCAGGCCGUGCUGGACCGGAACCUGGCAGAGAACAUCUCCCGUGUCCUCUACCCCAAUGACAAUUUCUUUGAGGGGAAGGAGCUGCGGCUGAAGCAGGAGUACUUUGUGGUGGCUGCCACCCUCCAGGACAUCAUCCGUCGCUUCAAAGCAUCCAAAUUUGGGAGCACAGACACUGUCCAAACUGUCUUUGAUUCCUUCCCCGACCAGGUUGCCAUCCAGCUGAAUGAUACUCACCCUGCCAUGGCCAUCCCUGAGCUAAUGAGGAUCUUUGUGGACAUUGAGAAGCUGCCAUGGAACAAGGCCUGGGAUAUCACCAAGAAGACUUUUGCCUACACCAACCACACAGUCCUCCCUGAAGCUCUGGAGCGCUGGCCAGUGGACCUGGUGGAGAAGCUGCUCCCCAGACACCUGCAGAUCAUCUAUGAGAUCAACCAGAAACAUCUAGAUCACAUCGCAUCUCUCUUCCCUAACGACGUGGAGCGGCUGCGGAGGAUGUCACUGAUAGAGGAGGGAGGCACCAAGAGGAUCAACAUGGCUCAUCUCUGCAUCGUUGGCUCCCAUGCUGUCAACGGCGUGGCCAAGAUCCACUCUGAAAUAGUCAAGACUCAAGUCUUUGAGGAUUUUGCAGCCUUGGAGCCAGAGAAGUUUCAGAACAAGACCAACGGCAUCACCCCGCGGCGCUGGCUGCUGCUCUGCAACCCAGGGCUGGCGGAGCUCAUCGCAGAGAAAAUUGGGGAGGACUACGUGCGGGACCUGAGCCAGCUGACGAAGCUGCAUGACUUUGUGGAUGAUGACCUCUUCAUCCGGGAGGUUGCCAAAGUGAAGCAGGAGAACAAGGUGAAGUUCGCUCUGUAUCUGGAGAAAGAAUACAAGGUGAAGAUCAACCCCUCCUCCAUGUUUGAUGUGCACGUGAAGAGGAUCCACGAGUACAAGCGGCAGCUGAUGAACUGCCUGCACAUCGUCACCAUGUACAACCGUAUCAGGAGGGAUCCUGCAAAGCUGUUUGUGCCAAGGACAGUGAUCAUUGGGGGCAAAGCUGCCCCAGGCUAUCACAUGGCCAAAAUGAUCAUCAAACUCAUUAAUGCUGUGGCUCACGUGGUGAACAAUGACCCUGCUGUGGGGAGCAAGCUGAAGGUCAUCUUCCUGGAGAACUACAGAGUCUCUCUGGCAGAGAAAGUGAUCCCUGCUACUGACCUGUCGGAGCAGAUCUCCACAGCAGGCACAGAGGCGUCAGGAACGGGGAACAUGAAGUUCAUGCUGAAUGGGGCUCUGACCAUCGGCACCAUGGAUGGAGCCAACGUGGAAAUGGCCGAAGAGGCUGGAGAAGAAAACUUGUUCAUCUUUGGCAUGAGGGUGGAAGAUGUUACAGAGCUGGACAGGGAAGGGUACAAUGCUCAGAGGUACUACGAGCGGCUCCCUGAGCUGAAGCACGCCAUCGACCAGAUCGCCAGUGGCUUCUUCUCCCCAGAGGAACCUGACCUCUUCAAAGAUGUGGUCGACAUGCUCUUCCACCAUGAUCGGUUUAAGGUGUUUGCAGACUACGAGGCCUAUGUCAAGUGUCAGGAGAAGGUCAGCGAGCUCUACCUGAACUCCAAGGCCUGGACCAAGAUGGUGAUCAGGAACAUCGCAGCAGCUGGCAAGUUCUCCAGCGACCGCACCAUCAAGGAGUACGCCCGGGACAUCUGGCACGUGGAGCCUUCCGACUUGAAGAUCCCCCCACCCAACGAGCCUCGCGACUCGGCCGAGGACAGGAGCCUCAACGGGACGGUGGCAUAGCGCCAGGGAGCUGCCGGGGGUGGGACACAAGCACCUGCGCUGGAACGCUGUCUUCCCUCUGGCCUCGGGGUGGCUGCCGCUGGUUUUCCUACGGAUGGGGAAGGGGAGGAGGGGGAAUCCUACGAGCCGGAGCAUCGAGCAGAAAGAGAAACCUCACUGGCCUGCUGCUUGCCUAGGUGCUACAAAUCAAAGUGCCAUUGGAGCCCGAGGGGCUGAAGCCUGAAAUGUGGGCUUACACCAGGGAGAAAUGGGACUUGGUCCAGGGCAGGGUGUGUGGCACAUCUGGCUGAGCCCUUGCAGGUGAUGCUGAAGCAGGAUUUGGGGUGCAGCUCUUGCUGAGCCCUUGCAGGUGCUGCUGAAGUAGGAGUUGGGGUGCAGCUUUUGCUAGUCCUGAGGUUUCAGUGCUAGUGAUUCUAUUUGGAGUCAGGCUCACUGCUACAUCUGGCCCUCCCCAACAGGGCUUGCACGGGGGUCCUAACACAGCAGCAGCACACAGGUCACAGUGGUGUCUCCAUCCUCCAAGGAACCUGGAGCUCCCUCAAGGCUGAGGGUGAGGGAGGAUAUUUCUCAGUAGUUUUUAUUACGUAGAGCAGUAAGUUCAGUGCAACUAGAGGGGAGGGGGGUCCUGGAGAGGAUUGGGAGGAGUGCUUGUGGUCACUGCACACAGCAGCUGGUGUCACUUCAUCUUCAAGAAGUCUCUGCAACGAGAUCAAAUAAACCUUCACUGUAUCCCUGA